AUGAGAAAUUGCACACUAUUUGAACAGUUUUGUGGAAGUAGUAAACUGAAUCUUUCAGGAAUGCGCAAUUUGAGAAAGACUAAUUUCCCUCAGCUUAGAACAGAAUUAACACCAUAUUCUAAUGGAACUGUUGUUGGCCUCUAUAAUUCAGACCUUGGGUUUCAUGAAUUUGAGUACCGCAGUACUCACUAUUUCAAUGAUGAUAAUCAAAUCUGA